GACUGUCCAUAAUUGUAAAGGGUGCCUCGGGACUGUCCAUAAUUGUAAAGGGUGCCUCGGGAUUAUCCAUGAUUUUAAAGGGUGCCUCAGGACUGUCCAUGAUUUUAAAGAGUGCCUCUGGCCUGUCCAUGAUUUUAAAGGGUGCCUCGGGACUGUCCAUAACUUUAAAGGGUGCCUCAGGACUGUCCAUAAUUGUAAAGGGUGCCUCAAGACUGUCCAUGAUUUUAAAGGGUGCCUCGGGACUGUCCAUAAUUGUAAAAGGUGCCUCUGGACUGUCCAUAAUUGUAAAGGGUGCCUCAGGACUGUCCAUAAUUGUAAAGGGUGCCUCUGGCUUGUCCAUAAUUGUAAAGGGUGCCUCGGGACUGUCCAUUAUUUUAAAGGGUGCCUCGGGACUGUCCAUAAUUGUAAAGGGUGCCUCGGGUCUGUCCAUAAUUGUAAAGGGUGCCUCGGGACUGUCCAUAAUUGUAAAGGGUGCCUCGGGACUGUCCUUAAUUGUAAAGGGUGCCUCGGGACUGUCCAUAAUUGUAAAGGGUGCCUCUGGACUGUCCAUAAUUGUAAAGGGUGCCUCGGGU